GGGGCUGAUGGGACGGUGGAGGAAGGGAGCCGGUGCCGCCGCGGGGCUGCAGGAGGUGCCGGGCGUCACCGGGCCCGCGGGGAAAGAGAUAAGCGCUGUCCGGAAUAGGAGCGGCACAGCUGGAUCCGGCCGGUGAUGCUCUGAUGACCCCUGCAUCCCUCUGCCCGCAGAGAGAAAUGCUCGGCGGUGGCAGAGCCGUGAUCAGCAGUUGUGUCACAUCUUCUUUUUGGGGCAACAUGUAAAGACCCCGGAGCGUCAGCCAGAUGUCGUAGGGGGUCUGCCCGGCCUUGCUGCGUGAACGACCUCAAGUCACCAGUUCACGCAGACCUGAGGAGAAGAGCCAGGAUGCCGCAUCGCACCAUUCAUCUUUUCCGGAAGGGACUUCGGCUUCAUGACAACCCAACGCUGCUGGCUGCGCUGGAGUCCUCGGAGGUCGUCUACCCUGUCUACAUCCUGGACAGAAAGUUCAUGACGUCCGCGAUGCAGAUAGGCGCCCUGCGGUGGCAUUUUCUGCUGCAGUCCCUGGACGACCUCCAGAAAAACUUGUGUCAGCUGGGCUCUUGCUUGCUGGUCAUUCAAGGAGAGUAUGAGUCGGUUCUUAGGGAUCAUAUCCAGAAAUGGAAUAUCACACAAGUGACUCUGGAUGCGGAGAUGGAACCGUUUUACAAGGAAAUGGAGGCCAACAUACGGCAUCUUGGAGAAGAGCUGGGGUUUGAGGUGCUUUCCCUGCUGGGCCACAGUCUGUACGAUACCAAACGGAUUUUGGACCUGAACAGUGGGACUCCCCCAUUAACAUACAAGAGGUUCCUUCACAUUCUGUCUCUGCUCGGCGACCCGGAGGUGCCUGUCCGAAACCUUUCAGCUGAAGACUUCCAGAGAUGUAGGCCCCGUGACCCAGGCCUGGCUGAGUGUUACAGGGUGCCUCUCCCCGUGGAUUUGAAGAUCCCGCCAGAGAGCCCUUCCCCCUGGAGAGGAGGGGAGACCGAAGGGCUACAGCGCCUGGAGCAACACUUGACUGACCAGGGCUGGGUGGCAAGUUUUACCAAACCGAGAACAAUCCCAAAUUCGCUGCUUCCAAGCACCACAGGCCUGAGCCCGUAUUUCAGUAUGGGCUGCCUGUCAGUUCGCACCUUUUUUUAUAGGUUGUCAAACAUUUAUGCUCAGGCCAAGCAUCACUCUCUGCCCCCUGUGUCACUCCAAGGGCAGCUUCUGUGGAGGGAAUUCUUCUAUACGGUGGCAUCAGCAACACCAAACUUCACCAAAAUGGCUGGGAACCCCAUCUGCCUUCAGAUCAGUUGGUAUGAGGAUGCAGAGAGGCUCCACAAAUGGAAAACGGCACAGACGGGGUUCCCGUGGAUCGACGCAAUUAUGACCCAGCUGCGCCAGGAAGGCUGGAUCCAUCACCUUGCUCGGCAUGCUGUUGCCUGCUUCUUGACGCGGGGGGACCUUUGGAUCAGCUGGGAAGAGGGCAUGAAGGUGUUUGAGGAGCUGCUUUUAGAUGCUGACUACAGCAUCAAUGCAGGGAACUGGAUGUGGCUGUCGGCCAGCGCGUUCUUCCACCAGUACACACGGAUCUUCUGCCCCGUCCGCUUUGGGAAGCGCACGGACCCCGAGGGCCAGUACAUCCGGAAAUACUUGCCUAUACUAAAGAACUUUCCCUCCAAGUACAUCUAUGAGCCCUGGACAGCAUCUGAAGAGGAGCAGAAGCAAGCGGGGUGUAUCAUAGGUCAGGACUACCCCUUCCCAAUGGUGAACCACAAGGAAGCCAGCGAUCACAACCUGCAGCUGAUGAAACAGGUCAGAGAGGAACAGUACAGAACAGCCCAGCUCACGAGAGAUGAUACAGAUGACCCAAUGGAAAUGAAGGUAAAGCGUGACCACUCCGAAGAAAACGUAUCAAAAGGAAAAGUGGCCAGGACGACAGAACAAACCGAGGUCGUGUCAGGGGUCACCCACUGGGAACCAAAACAUGGCAAAAGGGGAGAGCCAGAGGUCAGCUGAACCGGACGAACUGUACUCACUGCGUUUCCCUGCAGAUAGUGCCUCUUGGUGUGAACUGACCUCCAAGAAAAGUGUUGUAUCUUCAAUGCGUUUGCUAGUGCAAUGAUUUUGAAUGAAAUUUUCUAUCUGUGAGUGGCUUACAAGCCCUUUGCUGCAGCUGUUAGGUAAAUUCUAGAGGUGACUGGGUUUGACAGGAAACGAUGCUGUAGUAUUGUUCAAAUCCACUUGACGUUCAUGCAUCUGUAUAAAUAGUUUAAGUGAUAAAUACUAGUCUUUCCAACAUGCCAGAUGAAUGUCAGUUGACGAAUAUAUGCACAUUAAUGUGAUCACACAUUAGCGUUAAACACUUGAUUUGUCUGUCUUGUAGAGACAGAGGUUUAGGGAUUUUCAGAUACGGUUUUUAAGUUCACAGUUUGCUUGCAAUCCCCAGUUUGGGGAGGCGCAGCAGAAUGCAUACCGUUGUGAAUAGUUCCUAUGACUUAAAGGGGACUUUUUUUACACAUUUUAAGGGCGACGUUGCAAAAUGUCUCACUGAGUUAGGGCCAAUGUAUAACUUCCUUCACCAUAACUCUCCUUCUUGGCUAGUUCCACUAGAACUGUAGGGUAGAUAUUAUUUCUAUCACCUACCGCAUGCUAAAAUUUACCCUUCAGUUGAACUGUCUCAUUGUGAAGUUUCACAAGGCUGGAUUAGUCAGUUAUCUUUAUGGGUGGGGUUUUGGUAAAUGUGGGGGGGGUUAGAGUGGGUU